GCAAAGGGAAGGGCCUCACAGGGGUGGAGGAGGAAAAAAGGGGUGGAGGAAAGAGUGGAGAAUGGUAGAAAUCACAGGGAAAUGGUCGUAUUUAUUAGCUGUCUUUCUGUGGCUGUCCCCAUGGCGACAAUUUGUGAUGACAAAGAAUGUGAGAACGGGGGAGCCUAAUGCCUGAUUGGGAUGCUUUGUAUUUGGCAAAGUGGCUUCUGAUUGGUCUGAGAAAGCCCCCUAACUAGAAGGAGUUGAUAUUCAUUCAGCUUACUCAAGUGCUGCUAAACUGCUUCUAAACACUCAGAGGGUCCGGUUGCUUCUCUAAAGGUUUGCCCAGGUUUGAGGAGUGGGAUUAUAAACUUUUGAUGGAAAUCUCCAGGAGGGUCCCUCUUUGAAAUGGCAUCAGACAGCGAGGUGAAAACGUUACUGAAUUUUGUGAACCUGGCCUCUAGUGACAUCAAAGCUGCUCUGGACAAGUCUGCUCCCUGCCGCCGCUCAGUUGACCACAGAAAAUACUUGCAGAAGCAGCUCAAGCGUUUUUCUCAGAAAUAUUCCAGGAUCCCAAGAUGCCACCCCAGCAAAUCCAUGGAAUCCAGCUCCAAACGGGGGGCAGAGGAUAGAAAUCGCAGUUCAGACCCAGAUGGCCCGGAUGCAAAUCACUGCAAAGCAUCCAGUGAAAAGGCCCUGAGGCUAUCAGAGGUGGAGGAGAACUUCAGUGGGGGACAGGUUUUGCAAGAGCAAAGCCCAGAGUCUUUAAGGCCAGAUCAGGUGCCCAUGAGGAAAAGACAGCUGCCUGCUUCCUUCUGGGAAGAACCCAGACCAACUCAGAGUCUGCUGGUCGGGAGCUUUCCUGCCGGAUUGGAUGGGCUCCCAAACUCCAGGGACCUCCCUCCUUACGAGGGCAAGAAAAGCAAAAAGGGUCCUGAUACCACUGAGCCAGGCAGCCCCCCUCUGCCUGCCCAGCCCAGUGGGGAGAAGGAGCCUAUCAAAGUGCCCGGGACAUCCUUAUCUGGCCGGAUGAAUGCCUGGAGCUGCUGUCCAUUUCAGUACCAUGGACAACCUGUUUACCAAACCCAUGGAGCCCUACCUCAAUCACCCUUUCCAGGCCUGGGGCUAUGGAGGAAAAGCACAGCACCCGCAGGGGAGAUCCAACACUUCUGCAAGGAGGCGGGCAGUAUGGGGCAGAAACUAUACAGACCAGUGGUUUUGAAACCCAUCCCUACCAAGCCGGCAGUGCCACCUCCUAUUUUCAAUGUGUUUGGAUACAUUUAGCCUGAGGGAGGGGAGGGGAUUUUGUGCUGUGUACGGUAGCUCUUUCAAAUGAAAUUGAAAUGUAACUUCAGCCAUUGGCCCAUCAGCCAGUCACACUGUGGAGCAAUUCUUAGGGAAAGAAUCUGCUAUCAUUUCCAUCUGUCUAUAGACAGGUAGCUAUUACAGCUUGCUCCUUUAAUCAGAAAGGCACAAGCUGGCUGACUUAAAUAGUGGUUGUGAAUACUUUUGGGUGUCAGUCUCCUCUCACUGCACUGGUAUAAAUCAGGAAUAACUCUUACUGAAGCCAGUGCAGUUAAAUGUCAGGAGAACUGGGCCUCUUGUAUUUAAGAUAAUUGUUUGACCCAGGGUGUGUCAAGCUAAGAACCAUUUGGAAUCUGCACUUGUAACCCCUACAAGACCUUUUCCAUAUGGGAAUGUCUUUAUGGGGACGCUCUGCACCAGCAGCAACAAUGAGAUUAAACUGAUAAUAUCUCUUGUACUCUAAAGUCAUUCUACAGAAAUCAGUUAAGGUUUUCAGGUCACUUUCUUUUACCGAUAGGACAGUAUUUAAUGCAGAAGAUAAGUUUGUAAGUUGAUUUCAGCUCUUCUCUUGUGUAAAUAUCAAGAGAGUUUUAAAAAAAAUAAAGCAGGUAA